UCUCCCCUGACGUCACGUAGCCAGGCUCCGCCCCUCCGGAGGUAUCACACACCCUCUCACCGUUACCGGGAGCUCCUCACACCCGGGCACCGCAUUCUGCCUCCGCUGUAGUGUUAGCUGCCGGGGCGGACCACUGCCCGUUACCACCGAUCAAUUCUGUUGUCCGGGCCCAGGCAGAGCAGUGUACGCAAGCGCGUACCGGAGCCCCCCUCCAUUGUCACGCGUGAUGUCGUCAUGACGCUCGCUUGCCGAGUUGCAUGCUGGUACUCGUAGUUUUGCGCUUCCUCUUCACAAUUUUUAUUUCACCGAAUAAAUAAUCAAACGUCGCAUAAAACUAUCGACAUCAGAGCAUGGAAAUCACACGAGACGCCUCGACUUAUUUUUAGCUCAGUAAUUUCAAGUGAGGCUUGGAACGCGAGAAAAAAAACCAUCCAGCAUUUACUUUCGGUAUGUCCUCUCGCGAGAUCUGCUGGCUUAGGGUUUUAGCGAUGACACUCUCGCGAGAAUUGAACUGUGUGUUUUGUUUGACGGGCAAAUGGCUGGAGUCCUGCGCUGUGGCACCCAGUUACUGGGCAGAGGGUUGCGGCCGGGCUCGGUUACAUCCCACAAUCUCCAAUGUCGCUUCAGAUCUUCUAAAGCCGAUGUGUUGGCUGCAGAACCCAAGGAAGGAGCUGUAUAUGCCCCUCUGGGGACGUUCACUGAGGAGGAAGGCAUGCUGAGAGAUAUGGUACGAAAAUUUGCCCAGGAGCGGAUUGGCCCACUUGUGAAAACCAUGGACGCUGAGUCAAAAAUGGACAAGUCCGUCCUUCAAGGACUAUUUGAUCUCGGGCUGAUGGGUGUAGAGGUGGACCCCAAAUAUGGCGGCACGGGAGCAUCUUUUUUUUCCUCUAUUCUUGUGAUUGAAGAGUUAGCCAAGGUGGAUCCAUCUGUGUCAGUAUUAUGUGACAUUCAGAAUACCCUCAUCACAUCAUUGUUCCAGCAGCUUGGCACUGAGGAACAGAAAGAGACCUACCUGCCCAGACUGUGCACAGACAUGGUGGGAAGUUUCUGUCUUUCGGAGGCUGGUUCUGGCAGCGAUGCGUUUUCCCUAAAGACCACAGCUCAGAAGAACAAGGAUUAUUAUGUCAUCAACGGCUCCAAAAUGUGGAUCAGCAACUCAGAGCAGGCUGGGGUCUUCCUUGUAAUGGCAAAUGCUGAUGUGUCCGCUGGAUACCGAGGAAUCACGUGUUUCAUUGUUCCCAAGGAUACAGAAGGAUUCCACAUAGGGAAAAAGGAGGAUAAACUAGGACUCAGAGCGUCUUCAACAUGCACGCUGACUUUUGACAAUGUUAAGGUUCCAGAAAACAAUGUACUUGGCAAGCUUGGACAUGGCUAUAAAUACGCCAUAGGAAUGCUGAAUGAAGGCCGGAUUGGAAUUGCAGCCCAGAUGGUGGGCUUGGCUCAGGGAUGCUUCGACCACACAGUCCCAUACACCAAACAGAGGAUACAGUUUGGAAAGAGAAUAUUUGACUUUCAGGGUAUGCAGCACCAGAUCUCACAUGUAGCCACCCAACUGGAAGCUGCACGACUACUAACAUACAAUGCUGCCCGACUGAAGGAAGCAGGGAGACCUUUCAAGAAGGAGGCAUGCAUGGCUAAAUACUUUGCAUCUGAGGUGGCCGGACUGACAACUAGUAAAUGUAUAGAGUGGAUGGGAGGCGUCGGAUUUACUAAAGACUAUCCAAUUGAAAAAUAUUACAGAGAUGCAAAGAUAGGUACAAUAUAUGAAGGAACCUCCAACAUCCAGCUGAGCACAAUUGCCAAGUUCCUUGAUCUGGAAUACUGAAAAGCAGCGCUGCGGCAUCUGAUCUAUUCUCAGGCUCUUAGGCUGAUCACUUAAGAGAAAAUACUUGGUUCUCAACCAUGAAUAUCCACAUCUGUAUCAAUGCAAAGUCAUCAUGAAUGGACCAAUACGUCUGAUCAUUGCCUUUGGAAGUCAUAGUUAGUACAAUCUACAGCUACUGCUGCAGUUCUCCAUUAAGGAUCUCUCUACUCUACAAAUUACGCCAUAAAAGGGGCUUGGGGAAAAUUACAGGAAUAUCCUUAAUUAUUUUUUCUUAAGGUGCGAAUUGUAACCUUCUCUACUCUUUUCUGAUUUUUUUUUUUAUGUAUUCCUGAUAAGGAAUCAUUUACACAAAGCAGACUCUUGGAUUUAUCAUGUUAGUGUUACUGUUACAUGUCUGGACCUUAAAAGGUGUUGAUUUUUGGGUUCCAGCCCAGCAAGCUGGACCAUAUUACAUGGUUGUCUUUCUGAGGGAAAAAAUAAAGACAAACUCCCUUAAACACUAAAUAAAGCAGGUAAGUAAUAAAAAGAAAGAAAAGGCCGACCUGUUUGUCCAUCUGUGAGCUUUUUUAAACCCAGAGAGGUAAUUACUUCUGGUCCAUUAAAAAAGUUAUCCAAAGAACAGCACCAAUUUUGUCCUUUUUUGUGGCAACUGUAGUUAAAGGGGUAUUCCU